AUGAUACCGGUGCAGUAUCUAAUGCAAUAUCCAGCUUCCAAGUUGGCCACGAACCCUACACAAUACCUGCCGCAGUAUGAGGGUCAAUGCUCAAUGCAGCACCAAAUUCAACACCAAAUGCAGCACCGAGUGCAGCAGUAUUAUGACCAAAAUAACCCGGCGCAAAGCCUCGCGCUACCAAUCCUAAUGGCUACCUCUGCCCCUGGGCUUCAGUUCUCACAUCAUCAACACCCACAAGCUAUAAAUAAACAUAGCUUGACUCCUCUCCUGAAGAAACCAAAGUUGGAUGACAUCUUUAAAACCCCCGGGGCCCCCAGGAACCCGUUCGCUGGGAUUCUUGAUGAGAAGCCCGACCUCGAACACCACCAGCUUGACCCUCUUGCGAUUUUGUGA